AUGACUUCGUCGUCCAUUGACCCGCCAUCCUGGACUUGGCCCGAGGACCUGCCUGGUUCUUGGACAGAUGACAUCGUCAAAGAGGAGAAAAAGCCACAAUCAUUUCAGACCAACACCCAACCCAAGGACGAGCAACAGCAUGAGCACCAAGAGGGCCACCACGCUCCACCUCGGCCACCUCCCUCAGCCUCAGCACAUUCUACAGGCCAGCAACGCCGCGAUCGUCAUUACAGACCACGCACCUGUCGUAUCUGCUUGGAGUCCGUCUUGCCAACAUACCACCCGCCGUCAGAUUCCUUACCAGCCUUCAUGCGGUCUGCCCCGAACGUCACGUACGAGAGCGAAGAUGGUGGUCGUCUGCUUCGCCCGUGUCUAUGCAAGGGUAGUCAGAAAUAUGUCCAUGAGCAGUGUCUGCAAGCCUGGCGUCUUCAGAAUCCUGCUGCAAAACGUAACUACUGGCAAUGUCCAACAUGUAGGUACAAAUAUCGUCUAGAACGAAUGAAUUGGGCACAUUGGAUCAGUAGUACUGCUGCUCAAAUCAUGCUUACCUUGGCUAUUUUCAUCGCCUCUUCAUUUGCUCUAGGUUACGUGGCUGAUCCUAUCAUUAAUCUCUAUCUCGACCCUUACGACACAAUUGCCCACGGCUCCCAGCCUCUGUUACCUGCAGAUGAGCCUGUCACAUGGACCGAGCAUUUUAUCAAGGGCUUUGCUUCUUUAGGCUUGGUUGGGUUUGCCAAGUUUCUGCUUUCGAGUCCGUGGCAUCUAUACAAUAUGCGCACUUCAGUUGGGGGUGGGCGCACCACUGGUCGAGAUAGGAUGGCCCAGAUCAGCUGGAUCGCUGUAGCGGUCGGCAUCUUCACCUUCAUAUGGGCUGUCUGGAAAGGUGUUCGAGCCUGGAGUCGGCGUACUCUCGCCGCUGCAUCAGAACGUGUAAUGGACGUCCCUGGUGUAGAUGACGAUGAGGACGAUGAAUGA